AUGGAAUUACGUGAUGCUCAAAUUUUCUCAAUUAUUCAAAAUAAUUUUUUAGAACCUAAAGUUUAUAAUGAAGAUUCGAUUAGCAACUUUGGAGAUUCUAAUAUUUUUAUCAACUUUGAGAUGUCAUCCGAACCUCGUGUUGCUAUGACAAACACAGAUGCAAAAUCAGAUUAUUCAAUAAGGGAUGAAAGUGGAACCUCUAGCAUGGAGAAUAAUGAAAAUUUACUUGAGAUCAAAGACUCUGGAAGCAAUUCUAAAGGCGAAGAUUCCAUUGAAGUCAAAGAUGAUAUCUCUGAUCCCAGCACCGUCAGCAAGGUUUCCAUUGAAAAAGCUCACAAAGAGAAUUCAGACACUGCAGAACACGUUUUGAAAUCACCUGAAGUGAUGGUAAAUGCUGAUAAAAAACAAUUAAAUAAUCAACCUGAAGCUAAUGAUGCACUGAAUUCUAAUGUUGAUAAGAUUGUGGAAAGUGAAGAAGAUUAUGAUGAAGAUUUAAGCACCACAAAUCUUCCAAUUGAAGAUCAACUUCAACCAUCCGUAGCUGAGCUUGAAGAAAACGUAACUGAGCCUUUUAAUAACAACACAAAAAAUUUAUUAAAUGAAGUGAAAAGUGACAUUGAAAAUAAUGAAAUAAAAAAGUCCGAACAGCUGAAAGAAAAUCUUCAAGAAAAUCAAAAUGAAUUGAAAAUAUCUCUUGAAAAUUCAAAAAUAGAAACAAGUUCAACAACAAUGAAUGCUUCUGAUGUAAACAUUUCUAAGGCAAUCACUGAUAAUCAAGUAAAAGAAAUUUUAACGAAAAAUGUUGAACUUGUUGAAAAGGAAGGGGAAGAGGAAGAAGAAGAAAAGUUUGUCGUUCGAUUUGAUAGCAAAGGAGAUUCAAUUCAUGAAGAUGACUUUGUAGCAACACCACCACAGUCGUGUAAGGAAAAUGUUAAAAAGAAAAAAAUUUCAGUCUCACAAGAAGAAAAUAUUCAAAAUAUUUCCAAAGAGAACGUCAAGGAAUCUCCUGAUGGAAAUAAAGUUGUUGAAGAUAAUGGAAAUAAUUCAGAUGAAAAUCCAAAAUUCGUUGUUCGAUUCGAUAGCAAAGGCAACUCAAUAGAAGAAAAUGAAACAAAUAAUGGCGAAGCUAAUAAAGAAGAAGCUAACAAAAAGAAAUCUUCACACAAAGAUAAAACGUCAAAAGAUGAAAAUAAAGCACUUGAAGACGAAGGAGAAGAACAAGUUGAUCCAUUAAACAAACCUACAAAUGAAAUUUUCACAUCGUCAAGUCUCCAUUGGAGUCAAGAAGACGAUGGAAUUCCCGUAAUCACCAUACCACUUGGAGAAAUUCUUCAAAAAUAUGCCAGAAUGUUACAAAGCAAUAGCAGAUACGAAUACUAUGAAGCAGGAGAAGAAGAAAGUCCGAAAAUUGCAAUAAAAGAAAUCAAAGACAAAGGACUUGAAGAGUUUUCAAUUUCUCAAGAAUUGUAG